GUAGAGAAGAUUUUGAGGCUAUAACAAAUCAUGGACUAUAUUCCAUCCUCCAUGUUUCACUUUGACCAAACCGAUCAAGAUCAUCAUGAUCUUUUGCUUCAGUUAUCUUCUAAUCCUAAUUCCCAACAACAUCACACAAUCCAACAAGAUCCAUCUAACAACUCUGAUCACAGACAACCCAGAAAAGCAUCAAAUGCAAAUGUUGAUGUCAAUGAUGCAAAUCCCGGUGACAGUAAGAAAAGAAAGAUAAUGCAUAGAGAUGUCGAACGACAAAGAAGACAAGAAAUGGCUGCUCUUUAUAGAUCUCUGCGAUCGCUACUUCCUCUUGAAUAUCUAAAGGGGAAGCGAUCUAUAUCUGACCACAUGUGCGAGGCUGUGAAGUAUAUAAAAGAUCUACAAAACAGGAUCCAGGAGAUGGGUGAAAGGAGAGAUGAACUUAAAAGAUUUUCAGAUUUAUCAGGGUUAAGUUUUCCAUCAGAAUGUUUGCAAGUUGAUAAACAUGAAGAAGACAGUAUCACGGUUAGACGCUGCCUUGAAGGAAUAGAAGUUGUUGUUAGUACUGCCUUCACAAAUGAGCUUCCUCUUUCGAGAGUGCUGGAAGUUCUCAUUGGAGAAGGCCUAAAUAUCAUCAAUUGCUUGUCCACUAAAAUAAAUGAAAGGAUACUACACACUAUUCAAUCUGAGGUGGGCAAUGGAAGAAGCGUUGAUAUAUGUGAACUGCAACGAAAGAUAAUGAGAUCAGCUCUCCCAUGAUUGAAUUAAUUAGGUUCUAAUAUACUGAUUGAUGUGUUUUUGUUGGAAUAUCGUUUAACCUGGUGAAAAGUUGUUGCUUUUCUGGUAUUUCUUCUGUUUUCAUUAGUUGGAUGCUCAUAUUGCUUAUAAUAUGUUUCGG